AUGAUUUAGUGAUGAAUGUUUUAUACGAUAAUUUUAUAAACCAGUUAGUAAUGUAAUAAACUGAUUGAUAAAAUUUAGGUGAUUCUAUCUACCAAUAUUGCCGAAACUUCAAUCACAAUCAACGACGUUGUGUACGUAAUCGAUAGUUGUAAAGCGAAAAUGAAGCUGUACACAUCACACAACAAUAUGACGAGUUAUGCGACCGUGUGGGCAAGUCGUACGAACCUUGAACAACGUAAAGGGCGUGCUGGACGUGUCCGUCCUGGCUACUGUUUUCACUUGUGUUCGCAAGCACGUUACGAAAAGCUUGACGAACAUAUGACCCCCGAGAUGUUCCGUUCCCCAUUGCACGAAAUAGCAUUGAGCAUUAAAUUGUUACGUCUGGGUGGCAUUGGGCAUUUCCUAAGUAAAGCUAUUGAACCACCACCCCUGGACGCCGUCAUCGAAGCUGAGGUUCUUUUGAGGGAAAUGCAAGCAUUGGAUUCCAAUGAUGAGUUGACCCCUUUGGGAAAAAUCCUUGCAAAAUUGCCUAUAGAGCCUCGUUUAGGUAAAAUGAUGGUGAUGGGCUGUAUUUUUAUGUACGGGGAUGCGCUGGCCACUAUGGCUGCUAACUCGUCCACAUUUCCUGAAAUUUUCGUGCUGGAAGGUUAUCAGAGAAGACUUAGUUAUCACCAACGGGCUUUGGCAGGAGACAGGUUCUCUGAUCAUGUCGCCAUGUUGACCGCUUUUGAGUUGUGGGAUAAGGCCCGUCAAGGUGGUGAAGAUGCUGAAAUUCGUUUCUGUGAGCAUAAAGGUGUUAGCAUGCCUACUUUAAGAGUAACAUGGGAGGCGAAACGUCAGCUUCAAGAAAUCCUCACAUCUGUUGGUUUUCCUGAAGAAAGUAUGAUACCCACGCACAUGGAAACUGUUGGUCCAGAUCCAAAAUUGGAUAUGGUGAUGGCUCUCAUGUGCAUGGGGCUCUACCCGAACGUGUGCUGUCAUAAAGAAAAACGAAAGGUUUUGACUCAGGAGAGUAAAGCAGCUCUAAUUCACAAAACCUCGGUGAAUUGUAGCAACCUUGCACAGACGUUUCCUUAUCCGUUUUUCGUUUUCGGGGAGAAGAUACGUACCAGAGCUGUAUCUUGUAAACAAAUGUCUAUGGUCGCUCCCAUUCAUCUUUUGCUUUUUGGGUCAAGGAAGGUUGAAUGGGUAGACAAGGUUGUAAGAUUGGAUAAUUGGAUCAAUUUCGACAUGGAUCCUCAAAUUGCAUCCGAGAUCCUGGCUUUACGCCCCGCCCUUGAAAGCCUUGUUAUAAGGGCAUCUAAAGAGCCAGAGCAGGUGUUAGAAUUAAGUCCCACAGAUGUCAAGGUGGUAAAUGUAAUCAAAGAGUUAUGCAAAUUGCACGCGGGCAGUUACGGCCUUGAACGUGCAAAUCAAAGUCACCACUUCGAUUCAAAUCGUCCUCCUCGUGGUCAUACCCUCGGAAGAGGCAUGGGUGGCCCACCACCAAAAUUCUUCCGACGAGGGGGAAACUAUAAUGACGGAAGGGGGUGGCAAGGAGGUAGAGGAGGUUAUGGAGGAGGUAGAAGUAAUUUCAGUGGCGGUCGGGGUUAUGGAGGAGAAAGAGGAAAUUUCAGGGGCGGCAGAGGUGGAUAUGAUGGUGGAAGAGGACGAGGGAAUUUUGGCGGAAGAGGCGGAUAUGGAGGUAACAACUUUUCUCAAUAUUAUUAAUUUAUUGAAUGUUUCAUUUAAUUAAGAAACUAGUCUUAUUCUGCAAUCUUAUUGCAUUAAAAUUUUAUUAGAAAGUAAAUCGUGUUUUCGUUCCAAUUUUGUAUUUAUUUGUUAAAA